UGGGCGCGAGCGAGUGAUUGCCAAUUUCGCCCAAUUGGAUUGGCCAAGUACCAGCAGACAUAAUUGAUCUACAAAUUUCAGGGAGUCAGGCACCGUUUGUGGACCUUGCAACUUACUCUGUUGUCCGCUAGCUACCACACACACACAUUGGCACACACAUUGGGCCACUCCUCACACAAACGCCCACACACUUUUAAACUCUCCCUCUCUCACACCCACACAUGAUCUCUGCUUGCUCGCUCCCCAUAUAAAAGCCCAGCUCCUGGGGACCAAAUCACCAUCGUCCUCUCAAAUCAAUCCUCUUCCCUCAUUCAUCUCCCCCUCCUCGGCCUUCUUUUCUCUUCUUUAUCCUUGUCAAUCAGGCUACGGUAUACUCUUCCUUUGAUUAUAAUUCCUCUAGAUCUCUGGCCAGCGAUCUUGAUUGAGCGAUCCGGCCGGGACAGAGAGCGAGAAAGAUACAGAGGGCUUCCUCGCAUCUAUUUAGCCGUCAACCAUCAUCUGCUUCCACCGCUCCAUCAAAAGGAAUCUUGUUCCAAGAAUGUAGGUGCUCUGUUUGUGACGCUCUGUUCUUGGCACUGUCAUGUUCUUGGGCUGAUCGAUUCAGUGGGGUUUCUCACCAACAGGGAGACGAUGGGACUGCUGGUGCUUUUUCUCGCCACCGGCGUCAGCUCCGCGCUGGCGCAGUGGGAGAGCGGCCACGCCACAUUCUACGGAGGCAGCGACGCCGCUGGAACAAUGGGUGGAGCUUGCGGCUAUGGCAAUCUCUACAGCCAGGGCUACGGCACCAACAAUGCGGCACUGAGCUCGGCGCUCUACAACAACGGGCUGAGCUGCGGCGCGUGCUUCGAGGUGAAAUGUGACGCGGCGGCGGACCCGCAGUGGUGCAUCCCGGGCCGAUCGGUGACCGUCACCGCCACCAACUUCUGCCCGCCCGGCUCCUGGUGCAACGAGCCCCUCAAGCACUUCGACAUGUCCCAGCCCGCCUGGGAGGAGAUUGGAAUCUACCGCGGUGGAAUCAUCCCCGUCUACUUCCGCAGGGUGAGCUGCGUGAGGAAAGGAGGGAUCCACUUCACGGUAAACGGCCACGCCUACUUCAACCUCAUCCUCAUCACGAAUGUGGGCGGUGCCGGGGACGUGCAUGCCGUGUCCGUCAAGGGCUCCGGGACGGGAUGGAUCCCCAUGAGCCGCAACUGGGGCCAGAACUGGCAGACCAACGCGCAGCUCGGCGGCCAGAGCCUCUCCUUCAUGGUGACGGACAGUAGCGGCAAGACGGUCAUCUCCAACAAUGCCGCGCCUUCCAACUGGCAAUACGGGCAGACCUUCGAGGGAGAACAGUUCUGAGGAUGAUCGACUAUACCGAAAAAGAGGAGGCGGAUUGCGCUAGGGAAUGGAAUGAGCUGCUAGAUGUUCAUCGCCCACGUCGUCGUCUCGUCUCCCUCGUCGAUCACGGUGGUGUUCUGCCGGUAUUUUUUCUUUUCAUGGUUAACUUUUUUCGUUUUUAUUUUUCCUUCUUCUUGCUAAGAAGAGAGAUAGAGAUCUGAGAGCUAAGGUGGUAAACUUGAGGGGAUGAGAUGAGCAGGCGCUAUGUAGAGCCACCCUCCCCGUUCAUUGGUACAAGAACAUGAGAAUAAAGAGUUCCCGAAGCUGGCGAUCUAUAAGCCGGCUUCUAUGAGAAACUUAAAGCUGUAAUCUAUGAAAAUGGUUCGAAAAACUGUGCUUUCGUGCUUGGAA